AUGAGCAGCGACAACAACAGCGCUGGCAGCCACGAGGAUGGCCCUGCCGCCCCGGUGAUGAUUGUCGAAAAGUAUGUUGUUGAGCAGGAGAUUGGCAAGGGGUCGUUUGCUACCGUAUACAAGGGACGGCUGGCAGCUAAGGGUGGAGGUACCAACGAUUUCGUUGCCAUCAAGGCUGUGUCCCGUUCGAAGCUGAAAAACAAAAAGCUGCUAGAAAAUCUGGAAAUUGAAAUCGCGAUACUAAAGAAGAUUAAGCACCCCCAUAUUGUUGGACUAAUGGAUUGCGAACGUACCAGCGCUGAUUUCUUUCUGAUCAUGGAGUACUGUGCGCUUGGCGACCUCACAUUUCUCAUUAAAAAGCGAAAGGCACUCAUUGAGAAGCAUCCACUCGUGCGAACAAUGUUCGAGAAGUACCCACCCCCCAAUGAAUCUCACAACGGCCUAAAUCGCGUUGUUGUGGUGAAUUAUCUACAACAACUCUCAUCGGCUCUCAUGUUUUUGAGGUCGAAAAAUUUGGUACAUCGCGAUAUUAAACCUCAAAAUUUGCUGAUAUCCACCCCGCUUGUGAAAUACCGAGACCCAGAAACUUUUCACAAGCUCGGUUUCGUCGGCAUUUACAAUUUGCCAAUUUUGAAGAUAGCAGAUUUUGGGUUUGCAAGGUUUCUGCCAAAUACGUCACUCGCAGAAACGUUGUGUGGUUCACCCUUGUACAUGGCACCAGAAAUUCUGAAUUACCAGAAGUAUAAUGCAAAAGCUGAUUUAUGGUCUGUGGGGACAGUACUAUACGAAAUGUGCUGUGGCCGACCACCUUUUAAAGCAUCAAAUCAUUUAGAGCUGUUCAAAAAGAUCAAGAAGGCGAACGAUGCCAUCACUUUCCCUUCUCACUGCAAAUUAGAACCUGAAAUGAGCGAAUUAAUUUGUGGACUUUUAACGUUUGAUCCUUCUCAAAGGAUGGGGUUCAAUGAGUUUUUUAGCCACGAAAUUGUAAACGAGGAUCUAUCCAGCUAUGAGCAGGAGGUCAUUCCGGAUCUGGAGGACAAAUCAAAAGACGUUGCUGGAAGUAACAUGUUCAUCUCUGAGUAUCUUGCCAAACCGGUUACUGAAGCAGCGCCCAUGACCCAAGUGGAAGAACUUCCAGGACCAGCUUCCUCAUCCCUUACCAAUGCCAAUACCAUUGCCUCGCCACAUAAGUCUCGAAUGAGUAAUGCUCGCCGCUUGAGCAGUAAGUCUCGUGCAAAUUCUCUCGAGCAAUCGCGUUCCCAAAAUGACACUUCGAUUGAGAAGGAAUAUGUGAUGGUUGAAAAGAAAAGUGUCGAGGUAAACGCCCUCGCAGAUGAGUUCGCAAACUUGGGUACUCCGGGAGGCAAUGAUGUGGGCAAAGCUGUGGUUUUAAGAAACGUACAACAGCAAACUACUAACCCACAAGCGAUGGCGAUCAGAAAGUCCUCAUCAGGUAGCUCAACGACCGCUCGGAGACCUUCAUUAGUGGAGAGAAGGCUCUCUAUUUCCUCUCUGAGUCCGUCAAAUGCUCUCACGAAGGCUCUCGGAAUUGCAUCAACUCGCUUGUUCGGCAGCCAGCAUUCCACUGGACUCUCGACAUCGCCCAAUCAGAUAACUCAACCUCUAUUAAGCCGCCAGGUCUUUCAUGAUCUGACAGAGAACAUCGUAUUAUCCGCCGACCAUCAGAUGGAUUUCUCGAAAUUCAAUGAGAGUCAAUCAGAUGUUGACAUGCUUUCUCUUCUCGAAUCACUUGCUGCAAAAGCUUUCGUAAUAUAUUCAUUCGCGGAGGUCAAGUUUUCACAGAUUGUGCCACUGCCCCCGUCUUCUAUAGGCGAUCCUUUCAGCAAAAGACCCAGUAAUGGUAGUUGCGCCAUUGAGGAGGAGGACGAACAUCCGGAUUCAUUCACUGAACCAUAUAGAACUCUUAGGGCCCAAUCAGAUUCCCGAACCAUAGCGGAUACUAUGAAAAGAAGAAGUUCGAGUGAAAUCUCUGCUUUUGAAGGGUUUGCGAAGGAUCUACCAAUAUGGGAGAUCCAAAAAUUAUGUACUGAGGCCAUGGUACUAUACAUGAAGGUCCUUUCAACAUUAGCGAGGGCUAUGCAUGCAACGUCCGAUUGGUGGUACAGAUCUCAAGAAAAAAAUUGCUCGCUGAAGCUUAAUAUUCUGGUUCAGUGGCUACGCGAUAAAUUUAAUGAAUGUUUGGAGAGAGCAGAGUUUUUGAGAUUGAAAUUGAUUUCUGUAGAUCACUUAGCUGAUGAUCCAACCCUUAAGGCCUCCCAAGCUAAUGAAUGCAACGCUGGCGCUGCAGCAAAUGAUACAGAUGGAGAUAUCGAACCCGUUUUUCUCGAAAAGAUUAUUUAUGACAGAGCCUUGGAGAUUUCGAAAACAGCGGCCAAAUUUGAGAUGCAAGGAGAAUUUUUGAACAAUUGCGAACUGGCUUACGCGACUUCUUUGUGGAUGCUUGAAAGUGUACUAGAUCGUGAUAGUACGGACGACAACAUUGGUCACGAUUUUGGUUUCCAAACAGCCGACGCGUUAGACGAAGCGGAUAGGGUUAUGAUCAAAAAAUACAUCGACAGCAUUGCAAACAGACUGAAAAUUCUGAGGAGAAAGCUGAAUUCUCCAUGA